GGGGUAUGCCUGGAGUCCUUGGAAUGAGAGGCAAGGCAGUGUGAGUCCGGGAAAAGGGAAGUCAAUACAUUUGGAAAUGUUCAAUCGUGAGAGAACUGCGAGCAGAAGAGGUCGAGAGCGUCGUAGUCUUCGAAGAAGACGUAGACAAGUCGCCCGAGCUAACGCCAACACGACAUCAACAACUAACGAGAUACAACACACCAUUAACAUUUCAAACCAACCUAAUCAACAGUCUCAAAACUCGACUAGCAUUGAAAGGACUACGGAUAGCCGUAAUGGACAUGACACUCACCCUCCGCAGGCCCAUCACCAAGAUCCUAGUGAUCGCGAAGCGCCUUCAAUAUUUCUCAAUAGCGAAAAUAGGGGACAGUCAACCUACGAUGCAUAUUCUUCUGAUGCCCGCUCUGUAUUAUAUGCCCAAUUGGACCAACGAAAUACGAAUGGCUACAGUCACCCGAAUUUAGAAGACUCUUACCUCUAUCCGAGCCAAACCGAAAGGCACCAGGAGGCUUCUACGUAUAACAGCUUAGGACAAUACGUAGCUCAGCAGGAGCUUGAUAACAACUAUGCUUUGGAAUCGUGGAGAUCACAAUCAGUGUAUGAAGAACCUCUUCGAGUUCUGCCAGACUUGUCUGGCCCCGGCACUUUAGAUUGUGCGCUAGGGAGUUGGGACAGCAAUGACCAGAACAGUGAUGCGGGAGCUACGGGGGGCAUAACACCUGAUAGAUGUUAUGAUUGAUGAAGCUAGGUACAUAGCUAGACGAUAGAAAGCGU